AUGGAUGAUCUGAGUGGUGAUGAAUACGUGGAUGCAGACAAUCAUCAAGAAACCCAACAACAAUGUAGGGGUUUGUCAAACGAUGAUUGGGAGUCUGAUAUGCUUGUAACUCCUGAAAACAAUACAAGUGAGGAGGAUGACAACGAGGAUAGAGUAUCUGUGGGUCGUUUCUCAAAAUAUGCAAAACAGAAGUCCAUGGCAGAUUACAAGUGGGAAGUGGGCACCAUUUUUAGUGGGAAGGAAGACUUUAAGGAUGCUAUUAGAAGGUAUGUUGUUCAUGCUGGGAGGGAUCUAAAAUUUGUCAAGAAUGAUAACCGUAGGGUGAGGGUGAGGUGCAUGGGUGCCCAAGGUAAGUGCCCAUGGGUAGCUUACUGUGGGUACUUGCCAUCACGCAAAAUUUGGCAAUUAAGGAAGAUAAUUGAUACUCACGGUUGUAGUAGGCAACUUAACAUCAAACUAAUGAAUGCUAAGUGGUUGAGUCAGGAAAUAGAUAGGUCUUUAGUUGACAAUCCUAAUUUAAGGGUGAAUGAUAUUCGUACUAAAGCAUUAAGAAAAUGGAAUUCAAAUGUGUCAAUAUCCAAGGCACGAAGGGCAAAGUUAAUUGCCGCAAGACAGGUUGAAGGAGAUUUCAAAGAACAGUAUAAAAGGAUAUACGACUAUGGACAUGAGCUGUUGAGGUGUAACCCAGGUUCAAUAGUGCAGAUUAAAGCUGAGUCUCAUAAUGGUGACCCAAUCUUCCAAAGAAUGUAUGUUUGUCUCAAAGCUUGUAAAGAUAGUUUCAUAAGUUGUAGGCCCAUUAUAUGUUUAGACGGAUGUUUUUUGAAAGGUUAUUACAAGGGGGAGCUGCUCACUACUGUUGGUAGGGACCCAAACGAUCAAAUGCUACCCCUUGCCUAUGCAGUAGUAGAAGUGGAGAACAAAGACAACUGGACAUGGUUUUUGCAAUUAUUAAUUCAAGACCUCGGGGGUAGUCAAGUAUGUGGUGGGUGCACGUGGAUGUCAGACCAGCAGAAGGGGUUGGUCCCAGCUAUCCAGGAGCUUCUGCUUGGGGUAGAACAGAGAUUCUGUCUCAGGCACCUGUAUGCAAACUUUAGGAAAAUGUUUGGUGGUCAAAUAUUAAAAAAUCUGAUGUGGAGAGCUGCCACAAGCACAUAUCCCCAGGCUUGGGAGAGAGAGAUGCUGAAAAUUAAAGAAGUCAAUAUUGAAGCAUAUAAAGGACCUGGGAGAUGCACAAAAGAUUUUUGA